GGGAGCCAAUCACGAUCCUCGGACACAUGAUUGACGUUUGUACGGUGCAAUCUCCACGUAGAGGGGCGGGACAUUUCCAAGUAGUCUAUAAUACAAACACACUUACACACAAACAGAGUGAAAUUAAUUUAUUGUCGUCGAUUUGCUCCACAAACUGAUUUGGGAUGUCAGCCCUUCAGUCUGCCUCAUCCAAAAGUUUCACCUCGACUCCACUCAAAAGCAAAUCCAUUAUCCCAAGGAGCAUCCCGAGAAGCCGGAGUGUGGAAUCGAGCGGCGACUCGACCUACUCACUGCUGUCCCCCAUUUACCACAAUAGCUUUGAAUUAUCAGAUGACGAAGAGAAAGAUGCUCUGAAACAGUGUCAGCCACCUGAUCACCCGUCUCUCACGGCACAUGAAGAUACAUUACCCAACGAUCCUAACAGGAACGAGUCCCCUCAUGCAGGUGAUACCGCCACAGGAAAGCUGAAUCUGAGCGCAUGGGAGCAGUGGCUUGUGGGUAAAGCCAAAGACGAGCGGAUGAAAAUACAUCAAAAAUCCCUGCAGCAACAAGCUUUGAAAGAAAAGAAGAAACGAGAGGAAACGGAACAAGAAAGAAAAAAAACAGUCAGUGAGUGUAAAAUCCAAGAGUGGCUUCAAAUAAAAAGGAGACAGGAGAAACAGGAAAAGCUUUCCCGGGAGUCCCAGAAAACAAAUAUAAUGCUUCAAGAAGAACAGAAAAGGUUGGAGGUAGAAAAAAAAGCCCGAGAAAAAUAUCAAGCGUGGCUUCAUAAAAAAAAGCAUGAGGAAAAGGAAAGGAAAUUGAAAGAGCAAGAAGAAAUAGCUAGAAGAGAAAAGGAGGAGCGAGAACGUAAAGAGAAAGCAGACCAGAAGUUUACAGAGUGGCUUAAAGACAUAAAGGACAAAGAGAAACAUAAACGUGAGGCGUCAGCAUGUUCGGCUGGUGGCUUUGACAAUCUAAACUAUCCAGCUCCCAGUUUUGUAAACCCUGUCCCAUGGAAGCCCGUCCACGUUCCGCAGCGCGACCAAACACCCAGGAAGAAGUCGGGACGCAGGAACCAGCCGGGUCCACCGAAAUAUCGCUCAACUCCAUGCCUCACUUACACACCAAAAGACACCAUCAGCUUCGCAUCCAGAAGACUGUGAUACUCUCAGGAUUAAACAUGUACACUACAAA